CACUGGGGUGGAUGAGAAGGGGGCCAGCGGCUGCUUCAGGGUGGGUGGCAGGAAUUCAGCCUCGGCUGGGCUGCUAAACCGGGGAUUGCCCCUCUUGGAAAAGACAGGACCCCUUCAACUCCUUUUCGUUGCUUUUCUUUAAGGAGGGCACACCGGACUCCAUGGAAACUGGACCCGGGACGCUUUGUGGGAACUUGGAGUCUCUUUGGUCGGCUUCCUUUUUAAGUUGCUGCCUUGUUGGGAUGACUGAGGGGACCUCCCAGCCAUGGCACUGACCAGCGCCCCCAUUGCUGACUUGGCCUUUGGGCUUCUUCUGCCUCUGUUGGCAUCUUGCUUUUUUCCACCUCUAGCCUGGUGGUGAGUCUAGGGACUCAGCCUGAAGGUGCCUGGAGAGAGAGCAUCUGGUACCCCUACUCCCAAGCUGGAGGACGGAGGAGUUGUCAGGGGCGAGGAUGAGAUGAGCGGGGGCCGCUUUGACUUUGAUGAUGGCGGGGCGUAUUGUGGGGGCUGGGAAGGAGGAAAGGCACAUGGGCACGGACUGUGCACCGGUCCCAAGGGCCAGGGUGAAUACUCGGGCUCCUGGAAUUUUGGCUUUGAAGUGGCAGGCGUCUACACCUGGCCCAGUGGGAAUACCUUUGAGGGAUAUUGGAGUCAGGGCAAACGACAUGGGCUUGGCAUAGAGACCAAGGGGCGCUGGCUCUACAAGGGGGAGUGGACGCAUGGCUUUAAGGGGCGCUAUGGAAUCCGGCAGAGCACAAACAGUGGUGCCAAGUAUGAGGGCACUUGGAAUAACGGCCUACAGGACGGCUAUGGCACGGAGACCUACGCAGACGGAGGGACCUACCAAGGCCAAUUCACCAAUGGCAUGCGCCAUGGCUACGGAGUGCGCCAAAGCGUGCCCUACGGGAUGGCAGUGGUGGUGCGUUCUCCCCUGCGCACUUCUCUGUCCUCGCUGCGCAGCGAACACAGCAACGGUACGGUGGCUCCGGACUCACCGGCGGCAGACGGGCCCACGCUACCCUCGCCCCCGGUGCCGCGCGGUGGCUUCGCGCUCAGUCUGCUGGCCACGGCCGAGGCUGCGCGUCCCCAAGGGCUGUUCACGCGUGGCACACUGCUGGGUCGACUGCGACGCUCCGAGUCACGCACGUCGCUGGGCAGCCAGCGUAGCCGCUUGAGCUUCCUCAAGAGCGAGCUGAGCUCCGGAGCCAGCGAUGCUGCAUCCACCGGCAGCCUAGCCGAGGGCGCCGAGGGCCCCGACGACGCGGCUGCGCCCUUCGAUGCCGACAUCGACGCCACCACCACGGAGACCUAUAUGGGCGAAUGGAAGAACGACAAGCGCUCUGGCUUCGGCGUGAGCGAGCGAUCCAGCGGCCUGCGCUACGAGGGCGAGUGGCUGGACAACCUGCGCCACGGCUAUGGUCGCACCACGCUGCCCGACGGCCACCGCGAGGAGGGCAAGUACCGCCACAAUGUGCUGGUCAAGGGCACCAAGCGCCGCGUGCUGCCGCUCAAGAGCAGCAAGGUCCGCCAGAAGGUGGAGCAUGGGGUCGAGGGCGCGCAGCGCGCAGCAGCCAUCGCGCGCCAGAAGGCCGAGAUCGCCGCCUCCAGGACAAGCCAUGCCAAAGCCAAGGCCGAGGCAGCAGAACAGGCUGCCCUGGCUGCCAACCAGGAGUCCAACAUUGCCCGUACGUUGGCCAAGGAGCUCGCUCCAGACUUCUACCAGCCAGGUCCGGAGUAUCAGAAGCGUCGGCUGCUCCAGGAGAUCCUGGAGAACUCGGAGAGCCUGCUGGAGCCCCCGGAGCGGGGCCCAGGCGCUGGCCUCCCGGAGCGGCCCCGGGAAAGCCCGCAGCUGCACGAGCGCGAGACCCCGCAGCCGGAGGUCGGACCCCCGUCUCCGGCCGGGACGCCCCCGCAACCCAAGAGGCCCCGGCCCGGAGCGUCAAAGGACGGCCUGCUGAGUCCGGGCGCCUGGAACGGGGAGCCCGGCGGAGAAGGCAGCCGGCCCGCCACGCCGUCGGAUGGCGCCGGCCGUCGCAGCCCCGCGCGCCCCAGCUCGGAGCACAUGCCCAUCGAGGCGCUGCAGCCACCGCCCGCGCCCUCGCGGGAGCCGGAGGUGGCAAUGUACCGCGGCUAUCACAGCUACGCCGUGCGCACCGGGCCACCCGAGCCUCCGCCCCUGGAGGACGAGGCCGAGCCGGAGCCCGAGGUCCCGCGAUCCGACUCGGCGCCCCCGUCCCCCGUCACCGCCACCGUCCCAGAGGAGGAGCCCCCUGCGCCGCGAAGUCCGGUGCCCGUCAAGCACGCCACUCUGGAGCCCAAGCCCAUAGUCUCCAAAGCCGAGCCCAAGGCCAAGGCGCGCAAGACAGAGGCCCGGGGGCUGAGUAAGGCGGGUGCCAAGAAGAAGGGCCGUAAGGAAGUGGCGCAGGCGGCCGAGGCGGAGGUGGAGGUGGAGGAGGUACCCAACACUGUCCUCAUCUGUAUGGUCAUCCUGCUGAACAUCGGCCUGGCUAUCCUAUUCGUUCACCUCCUGACUUGACCCUCGUCUACCAGAGCCAGGAGUUCCACUGAGGAUGCCAGGACCUGUCUUUCUGCAAGGCCAAGCAGGUGUCCCAGGAGGAUGGGACUGUGGACCUGAAGCCCUGCUCACGCCCACUCAUGGACAUUUAAGGAGGCCUCCCGUGAGCCCAUGCUGGGUGCCGGGGUGCCAGAGGAAGAGAAUGUCUGGGUACCCUCCAGGGCAAAGGAUGCCCUAGGGGGAUGGCCCUGGUCUCCCACGCCCCCUUUGCUCCUGCACCUGUCCUCAGCCCUGCCCCACCUUGCCCUGCCACCCUUCCCUGGGCUUUGUGUGUUUUGAGAGAUAUCACAAAAGCAAGAUAUUAAUACAGAUCUCUCUCUCUUCCCCCUAUCCCACCUCCCCCAAUCUAGUCCUCUGGCUGAUGGCUUGAGGCCACCCAGAAGGACGAGGGGUACAGAAGUCCCUUGGGUAGUGCAGUCAGCCCCAGCCCAUGCUGCUCAGAGUUUGCAGAGUUCUGGAGGGCAGCGUAGGAAACGGAGAAGCCCGGUUGAAUAUACCAACAUGCAAUGCUCUGCAUCCUCUGACCAGUUCAGUUGGCAUCGCCGAGGACCAGUGGGGGGGGAUGAUCUGAGCAUCUGCGCCUUUGGCUGGGAA